UAACACGGCCCUGUUUGCCCCGGCCCCGGGGAGCUCCCGUCUGACACGCAACCAAGAGACACAAACACGCCUCCCCGGCCGGGCGCAACAUGGGGCAGCCUGUGCCCAACCCGCUCGCCCUCCUGGCAGCACACGAUGCUGCGCCUCCAGCCGGGCCAGGCAUGAGGCUGGCGUGGGCACCUUUCCCCGGGCGCUCCGGCCAUGGGUGUUGCUGCUGGCCAUUGGACGUGGGUGGCAUGGGCUCUGCCCCGUGGGUGACGCCGCGGCUGGGCACUGCCUUCGCUCCUGGGGUGUGGGCCUGGAGGGGGCUGGCUCUGCCCGCUGGAUCCGGCUGCCAGACAGGCUCCAAGCAAGGGCCCAGAUGGGCUUCCUGCCCUGCACAGCACAGGUCUGGGGCGUUAGGGACAGAUCCUGCCACGGCCAGUGCCCCGGACCUUGGCUGGAAAUCGUGGCUCCCCCCCGGGGUGCGGGGCCGUGGCACAGCUGGCCCCAAUAGCCCUGCAUUGGCCUGCUUUGGCCCCUGUGUCCCAACGUGCCUGGCAGGGAGGGCAUCGUUAUCCUGCCCGUGUUACAGGAUGGGGAAACCGAGGCCCGGGGACCGGGGAAGUGCCACGCUCUAGAAAUCAAUGCUGGAGCCAGGGGAGGAAGCCAGGAGUCCCGGGCAGGCCCAGCCAGACCCGGGCCCCUGCUCCAGGGCUGCGGGGAGUAUCCGGCAGCCAUGCUGCUCCCUUCGGCCAGCACGACACGCGGCGGGGCUGUCUGCCCGUCUGCGGUGCCGUCCUGCCUCUCGUGCGGGCUGGGCAGCCCAGGCCCCUUCUGCCCCCUGGGCUUGGCAGGGCACUCGUGCCCAGCCCCUGGCUCUGGCGUUGGGGUGCAGAGGCAAGGCGCCCCGCGGCCCCCCAGCUCUGCCCGCCCCGUCCCACGCAGUCUCUGCCGCAGCCCAGCUGACUCGAGCCCCGUCUCCCUUCCUGCCUCCCUCCCGCCCGCUGGCCCGUGCUAUCUCCGCCAUCGCUCUCGGGCAGAUAACGACGCCCUCGUGCACGUCAGGCACUUCCACGUCGCGUCCCUGCUAAAGUCCAAGCCCUGCGUGGAGCCCGGCGUGGCUGCUCUCGGGGCAUAAAUACCAGGCGGCUGGGCACAGCGGGCAGCCCACGAGCAGCAGCGCAGGACUCCUCCCUUCUCCAACCACCCGCACACUGCAGCUGCUCAGGAUGUCUCUGAAGACCCUCGCCCUCGUCCUGGCACUCCUUGCCGUUGCUGGCGGCCACGCAGAGCUGGACACGGAGCUGGACACGCAGCAGGUGGCCAACAUGGUCUGGAGCUACUUAACCAACAUGAGGAGCAGCGCACAGGACACGAUGGACCAGUUCCAGGAGUCCAAGCUCAGCAAGCAAAUCAACACCCUCCUGCAGGACAAAUUCGAGAACGUGCAGACCUACAUGGCCGACCUGCAGCAGAAGCUGAGCCCCUUCGCCGCCGAGCUGCAGGCCCGGAUGAGCCAGGACUCGGAGAAGCUGAAGGCGCAGAUCCGCCAGGAGCUGGAGGAGCUGCGGGCCAAGCUGUCGCCCUACGCCGACGACGUGCACCAGCAGAUCACCCGCAACAUCCAGGAGCUGCAGCAGAAGCUGGCGCCCUACGCCGAGCAGCUGCGCGGCCACGUGGACCAGAACGCGGAGCAGCUGCGCCAGAGCCUGGCCCCCUACGCCCAGAAGCUGCAGGACCAGCUGCAGGACAACGCGGGCAACCUCCAAGCCGCCCUGGCCCCCUACGCCGACCAGCUGCAGGAGCAGAUCAACAGCAACGUGGAGGGCAUGAAGGACCGGCUGGCCUCUGUGACCGAAGAUCUCAAGGUCAAGGUGGACGAGAGCAUGGCUGAGCUGCAGAAGAGCCUGGCUCCCUAUGCCCAGGACGCGCAAGACAAGCUGGCCCGCCAGGUCGAGAGCCUCUCCUUCCAGAUGAAGAAGGCGGUGGAGGAGCUGCAGGCCCAGCUGGCCCGUGGCACGGAGGAGCUGCGGGGCCAGCUGAGCCCCUACACCGAGGAGCUGCAGGGCAACAGCAAGAGGCUGCGCCAGACGCUGGAGGGCCUGGGCGAGCGCAUGGACCGCAUCAUCGACGACUUCCGCCAGCACGUCGCGCCCCACGGGGAGGCCUUCAACCAGAAGCUGGUGCAGAAGCUGGAGGAGCUGCGGCAGAAGCUGGGGUCCGACACGGGCAGUGUAGAGGACCACCUCGCCUUCCUGGAGAGGGAUCUGCGCCAGCAGCUCUCCUCCUUCCUCAGCAGCCUCAAGCAGAUCGAGAGCUCGCCCCAGGAUGAGCAAUGAGGGGCGUCCGUGCGGCCCCGCGGCAGCCCCGUGGGGAGAGGGAGCUGCCCGCCUGCCUGUCCUCGCUGCACUUCGUUCCUGCCCAAACGCUGCACCCACUGCAGCUGCAGAAAUAAAACCAC